CACCAUCAAUCUCUUGGAACGUGAAAAUAUUUUUCCCUGAAAGACAGCUCCUCCUCCUGCUCUUCAAUUUAAUUCCUCUUUGUUCUCUCUUUUGAGGUAGAUCCCUCUCUUCCUCUCUCGGCUCCUUGACAGGCUGGGAGAUUUAUAUUUAGUGAUUUGAUUAUUUGAUAUCGGCAGACGUGAGAAAAUGGGGCUGUCUUUCACCAAGUUGUUUAGCCGACUGUUUGCUAAGAAGGAAAUGCGUAUUCUGAUGGUGGGUCUUGAUGCUGCUGGUAAGACCACCAUUCUCUACAAGCUCAAGCUCGGUGAGAUUGUCACCACCAUUCCUACCAUUGGAUUUAAUGUGGAGACUGUGGAGUACAAAAACAUUAGCUUUACUGUUUGGGAUGUCGGGGGUCAGGACAAGAUCCGCCCCUUGUGGAGACAUUACUUCCAGAACACACAAGGACUUAUCUUUGUGGUUGAUAGCAAUGACAGAGAUCGUGUGGUUGAAGCUAGGGAUGAGCUACACAGGAUGUUGAAUGAGGAUGAGUUGAGGGAUGCUGUGCUGCUAGUGUUUGCAAACAAACAGGAUCUUCCGAAUGCAAUGAAUGCUGCCGAGAUUACCGAUAAGCUUGGCCUUCACUCCCUUCGUCAGCGCCACUGGUACAUCCAGAGCACAUGCGCCACCUCUGGUGAGGGGCUGUAUGAGGGAUUGGACUGGCUCUCAAACAACAUUGCAAACAAGGCUUAGAUGACACAACUCCAAGUUCGCAAUCGCAGUGAGUGCUGGAAUACUCGGUCUAUAUUUGUUUUGUAUUCUGGAUUUUCCUCCAACUCAUUUUGUCGUCUUUACCUGUCCAAACAUGUUUGUGGUUACUUUUGCAAACUCUGUCAUUUGUUUCCUGUAGCUUCAGAAUAUUCCGUAAAUUUUCGUUUUCUUGGUGAUUUUUAUUUAAAUAGCAAAGCCCAGUGCUCCUAAUUUCUAAA